UCCUAAAACCCGUCACCAAGAAGAAGAAAAUAGAAGAUUUGAUUAGGGCAUUUUUUUUUCUGGUUCUGUAAAAACCAGAACCAUAGAGAGAAGAAGCACAAGUUGUGGGAGGAGGAUGAAAACAACAACGAAGGAGAUGACCUAAUCUCGUCGAUUCACUAACCAAGAAACGGCUCAAUGUUCUUACUAGAAUUUCUAUAUUCUUGGUUCUAAAGAUCAAUACGAGCUUCACAAGUCGUAAUAAGUCAAGUUUUGCUGUCGAUUCAACAAUGGCGUCGUCAUCGAAUUCACCUUGCGCGGCGUGUAAAUUUCUCCGUCGUAAAUGCACACAAGAAUGUGUGUUUGCACCCUACUUCCCACCAGACCAGCCUCAGAAAUUCGCAAACGUUCAUAAAGUCUUUGGAGCAAGUAAUGUAGCAAAGUUACUCAACGAAAUCACACCAACACAGAGAGAAGAUGCUGUCAAUUCAUUAGCUUAUGAAGCUGAAGCUCGGCUUCGCGAUCCGGUUUAUGGUUGUGUUGGAGUCAUAUCAACGCUUCAACAUAGAUUGAAACAAGUAGAACAUGAUCUCUACAAUGCUAAGAAAGAACUUUCUACUUUCAUUGGUCCAGCAGCUUUGUUGCCUCUUGCUCAACAUCCACAUCAUCCUCAUCAUCAUCCCCUUUUGCAUCAUGCUCAGAACCCUAAUUCUCCUGUUGGUGUAGUUGCCGGUGGUGGUGGUGGUGCUUAUGGGAUUUCUUCUUUGGGAUUAGGGCUUCCAACUGGACCUACACAACAAGCUCACUUGCUGAUGAGGGAGCAACAGCAGCAGCAGCAGCAACAUAUAAUUGAUCCACAACAAUUAGCUGCAGUUAUAGCAGCAAGAGAACAACAAGAUAUGAUGAGAAGUUAUGAGCAACAGCAGCAACAACAACAACAAGAACUUGUCAGGUUUAAUAGCGGUUUUGAUGGAGUUGCUAAUGGAACUGGUGGUGGUGGUGGUGUUUUGUUUAAUCAAAUGGGUUCUGGUGUGCCUUCGCCGUUGAGUUUGGUUACAUUCGAUAACAACAACAACAACAAUAGUCCAUUUCAAAUUCAACAACAACAGCAACAACAACAUAUUCAAGAAAAUCAUCAUCAACCUCAGCAACAUCAACAACCACCACCUCAACUGCAAAUUCAACCAGAAACACCACAACAACAGAGGUCGGGGAGCGAUGAGGGUACAAGUGUUGGUGGACCAUCUUCAUAAAAUUCUGAUUUCAUUACUCCCCCGUUCUCAGUCUCUCACUGCUCCGCCCUGGAUCGGACUUGGUCAACAUGUUAAAAGAGGAGGAACUAGAUCCAUGCUUGGAGUUGGAAAUUUACGUUUUGUCCUGAAAAAUACGAAAAAACAUGGAAAGAAACAGUAAGACAAGGCAGCAAAGAGAGUAAAUCUCAUCAUAUAGAGAAAAUAGUCAUGACCCAUGACAUCCUCAUAUUUUUCUCUAAAACAAUACGAUGAUCAUAAAACAAUAGCAAUAAUAGAAAAAGAAAGGUUUGGGUUAGUCUCUGGUAUUAUACUCUACUAACCAUGGAUAAACUUUUGUCUUUCUUUCAUUUUCUUUUCCUUUCUGUUUAGACAUGUAUAAAAUCUUUCAGAGAUUCUUCAAGAAAUGUUUUCAAUGGAGAAAAGAAUCUAGUCCAAUACAUCAUAUCAUGUGUUCAA